AUGGUGUCCUUAGCUUGUCUCCUCUUGCUACCAGGCAUUCUAUCCGGAUUAUUCGUCGUCCGUACCGUCGCCGCGCCAGCCACCUACAAUCAACAGCAAGCCGGUGAUCUGAACGUUCACGCGCAAUUGGACAACAUUAUGUUCAUCAUUAGCCAUACAUUCGACGGGAAGCUGAUGAAUUUAUUAGCGGAACAGGCGGCGAACCAUCUGAACCGUAUUGGGUUCAGGCAGGCGGCGUCGAAGCCACUCCAGUCGGCGGAGAAACCAUUGGAGGCGACGAUCUAUGAAACAGAGGACGAGGAAUCGGGUAAAGAGCCUUACCAUGUGGAAAUCUUUCGUAUAGAGAAGGACGACGCCGUGGCAAGGAACAAACCCACGGAGAAAUUGAAGGAGGCUGGUACCGUGGAGGUUUCCAGUGUCAAUAACGUCGAGACAGGAUCACCGUUGAAGAAUCUCAAAGAUGGUCCAGCCCCGCAGGUGUCUAUAGACGGUAAAAGAGUAGAAAAAAAAUCGAAGAGCCUUUGGGGGAACCAGAAAAGCCGCGGUAGGCUCGCCGAUGGUCCAACCGAGGUAAGCAGAACGACGGUACACGUGGACUCGACCGUGGAGAAUCUAGCCCAGGCUGAUGAUCUCACGGUGAAAGAAGUCUCCAAAGCGACAAGACCCGGGAUAACGUUGAAGAAACAGUUGUCCAAGAAGGAACAGGAGAAUUUGUCCACGGUGUCCGAGGAGCGAAACGAACUGGGCAAUAAAGCCGACGAACUGGUCCUGCUGGGUGGUGGCAUCGAAAAUUGUGGACCAGGUAGAUACAGAGACAAGUCGGGUAUCUGUCAGAAUGACAAAGAUUUUUAUUGA